AUGGCGAACUCGGACCAGCUGCGCAAGAAGCGUGGUGCCAUAAGGGCUGGCGUCACGAGAGCGCUCACGCUUUUAACGGACCUGCUGCAGCAACAGGAUCCUGACGCCUCUCAGAUUAGCGGCCACAUGGAUUACCUCAAGGACAGGGAGGAAGCACUGUCGCAGCUCGACGACGUCAUCCUUGCGACCACAGACGAACAGAACCUCGACCAGGAAGUAGGAACGGCGCAGGAAUACAACGAAAACAUUCUGUACGCAGUAUCACGCGCCAAGUUCUGGCUUCAAGAACGUGAGAGGAAUGCCGGUACUCAGGCUCGAGCAACUGAACCCGGGCCUAGCUACCUCGGAUCUCCGAACUCCGGCGACGCAACAGGCCAGGUGAGAGAGUACCGUCAGCGUUCAGUUCAACUACCGAAGCUACAGAUACCGACUUUCGAUGGUAGUCUGCGUGGAUGGCAGUCUUUUUGGGACCAUUUCGACGCCACCAUCCACACGAACGCUGAGCUACCGCGGAUUGAAAAGUUCAAGUACCUCCUCACCUACUUAACCGGCAGCGCGAAGCGGGCUAUCGAAGGCAUCCGCUUAGCCGAACAAAACUAUGACCUUGCGAUCAAGACGCUCACGGACCGCUUCGGACGCCGGGAUCUGCUCUUGAACGAACAUAUCGAUCAUCUUCUCGCGCUAAGCCCAGUGAAAUGCUCAUCAGAGGUCCAGAAGCUUCGUCUGCUGCACGACAAUGUCCAAUUUCACGUCAGCACCUUAGAAUGGCUUGGAGUUUCGCCAGACCAGUACACCGUGGUGUUAAACCGUGUCCUGAUGCGAUGUCUGCCAGAGGAUCUCGCCAUCAUGUACAGGCAGAAGACCAAGGAAACAAACUGCGCACCCAGUAUCGCCGAAACUCCUGAAGACAGAACGCGGCUAGCCAAGGAUAUGCUAACCUUCCUCCGCAUCCAAGUGGAAAUCCGGGAGGAAGGCCGGCAGCUGUCGCGUCGUGCACUGCAAGACGAACCCAGGACCCACAUGCCUGAAGAAAUUUAUGGCGCGGAACCUAUACCAUCAGCGUCAGCUCUAACCGGGUCCACCUUGCCUGUCAGACCAGCGUGUCCGCUAUGCCAAAGCAAGGAUCAUACGAUCGCUUUGUGCAACGCUAACUUAUCGGCUGAGGAGAAGCGUGCAAGGCUGCAGUACGCUAAUUGCUGCUUCCGCUGCGGAACACGCAAUCACAUCGAUAGAUUGUGCAGAAAAUCCAUCAACCUCAGGUGUGGUACCUGCCAUCGACGCCACCUGACGAUUCUCUGUGAAUUAUCGAGGCCAGCAGAAGACCUUCAAACAAGCAGUGGAUUCCCGGCAUUUCAUGAACCACCGCCCCAACCAAUGCGAAACGUCACAACCGUCCAGAGUAGUCCCGUCGAAUCUACGCCUGUAUUGUUGCAGACAGGCCGAGUUUGGGCAGAGUCUGGAGACCGACGACUACUCGUGCGGAUACUGCUGGACAGCGGCAGUGAGCGCACAUACAUUCGUGCAGACGUGGCAAAGAUACUUACGUGCUCGGUCGUAGGAAAAGAAGAGCUCUCCAUCGUCACAUUUGGUGGCUCCAAGUUACGAAGACGAAUUUCUGCAGAGCGUGUCAAUGUGCGACUCCGCAGCCAGUUCGGCGCCUCGCCAGUAACUCUGGAAGCCUUAACGAUUCCUGAAAUCUGUUCUGUAACAAGCCCACCGCUCAACCCCAACAUUUUGCACCUGCUCGGUGAACGGGAGUACAACGUGGCCGACAGCCUUCAACCAACCACAUGGCAACCAGAAGAAAUAAGUGUCCUCAUCGGGUCCGACGCCUAUUGGCAAGUUACCACAGGGAAAAUUGAUCGCAUCAACGAGAGGCUAACAGCGAUCGGCACCACCUUUGGAUGGAUGGUGCAAGGCCCUAUUCAGUCCGACAUCCACUUCGCAUCAAGUGCACUGCUCGUCUCGAGCAGUAAUUCUUCUGCAGUGGACCUCGAUGUACCUUCGAUGUGGUGUCUUGAUAACAUCGGGAUAGAUGGAGCGCAUUCACGAACCUUAGAGGGCAGCCACCACAUGUUUGGAUCGGAGCUAGGCAUUUCCAAGCGCAACAAGAAUCAUCCAGUUGACAACGCCGUCACCAGCGGCAAGAAGGUGGAAGAGGGGGAGACGGCAGGCGAGCAUGUCGACGCUCAUCUUGGCCGCGCGCGUCGUCGUCACUGGUGGCAGAAUGGGGGUGACGCCGCACUUGCGCAACUUGUCUCAGAUCGGCUACUUUAUGUGCGAGCACCACGACGAGGAUCGCAUCUUGGAAAUUUUACACGCCGAGUACAUCGUCAUCAAGCACGUAAAGAACGCCCUGCACGCCAUAAGAGUCGGUCCCAAGGACGGAAAGGGGUGCGACAGCCGCAAAUCAAUGACCGCAGUGAAGAAGCACUGCCGAAAGCAAAGCAAGCGGCGCGCAGGAAUUCGUGCGCUGUCUACCGAUUGCGAAAGUCCGCCCAAGAGCGUUUCGACCGCACAACACAGAUGGAACGCAAGCAUGGAGUUCAUGAAUGCAAGGGGCGUAAGAGUUCCUUCGAUGGCAACGUCAACGCAAUGGAGGACAACUUGGCGCAAGACAAUGACCUGGACCACGUGCCUCUCUUUGAGCUUCUGCCAAUCAGCGGAGAGGACACGUCCGUGGUUUCGCUGGAUGAAUCAAAUGAGGCUUCUAAGCUUCUCGUUUCAACACUAGGACUGGAAGGGACGUGCAUGGAACCUUCGCAACAAUCAUUCCCGAAAACUACGGAAAGUAUCAGCCAACGAAAGCGAAUGCCCUUAGAGGAACUGGAAUCUGUGGAAAAAAUGUUCGACUCAGCGAACCAACCGUUCCAUAUAUUACCCAAGCUAACAGAACCAGGGAACUGCCAAGUACUUCCCAACAAGAACUGCGAGAUUGGCAUGGACACGAACGCCGUCCACGUUUACGAGAGAAAUGAGAAUGCGGUUGCUGAGAAGGCCAUGAACUCCACAUACGUCAGCCUGCCGCAGUUAAUCAACGACGUCAACAACAUAGGCCUCAUGAUCACGGACAGACCGCUUAAAUCGUCCCGCUACCACUGGCUCAGUUGGAAGAGCAUUAGACCACGAAGAGGUCUAGAGAGCAAGCUCGACGAGCUCCAGCAAUUGAACCCGUCCUAA